AUGGAUGAGCAAUCAGCUAUUCAAUAUCGCCCCAGAAGAAGACCCUUUAUAACUUCGAUAAUUGCAACUUUACAUUUCGCGUCCGCUUGUCUAUUUAUUAUAGCAUGUGUAACAGCACCGGUUUACCAUCAAAUAGGUCUAGCCAAAUUAGAUUUAGUCACUUACGGUGUUUUUGGUUAUUGUGACUUUAGUGAUUGUUCUAAAACAACUGCAAUAGUUAGAGGUAUUUCAGCCGUACAAAAUGAUUACAAUCAAUCACAUAAUUGGCAUACAAAAAGUUCAAAAUCAAGAGAUAUUCUUGGUGAAUUAUUAAUUACCACUCCAAUUGCCGCAGGAUUGAACUUUUUGACCUAUUUGUUCAUUUCUAUUCUUUCUUUCUUUCCUUUUACCUUAUUUUCAAUGGUAAUAAUAUUCUUUUUCAAUGUCAUUUCAUUCUUACUAUCUGCCUUUUCAUGCAUAGUGGUAUUUCUAUUAUUCUAUCCGCAUGUUACGUGGUGUGCUUGGAUUUUAAUACCUGCUGCUGUUUUUCCUUUAAUUUGUUUCCCAUUAAUGUUUUUCACAUAUACAAAGCCAGCACGUAUUUCCACUUUGCCUAUUGAAUCUGAUGACGAAGACAAUGAUUUCACACCAAAGAAUCCAACCGUUAAAACUCAAAUUGACUAUGUCCAUGAUGGAGAUUUUGAUAAUAAUUCAUUGACUUCGAAAGAAAAAAGAUUGGGCUAUGGUUAUGAAAUCACUAAAUUGGAUUCAGAAUACGUUAAUGAAUUAUAUAAUAAUUCUACUAAGUCUUCUUUCUAUGAGGAUGAAGCAAAUGAAAAAUUUAAUAAUUCAAAUGUUACAUCAAAGGAAGAUUUUGUUAAAACAGCAGCAACAUUUUCAGUAAUUGAUGACUUAAAUAAUAAGAAUAAAGGCAAUCCUCAACUGGAUGAAUUAAGAAGAUUUUCUAUUCCAAGCUUGGUGGAUUCUCAAAUACGAAACUCAAAUGAAAAGAGAAGAUUAUCACGCCAAUCAAGCAACAUGAACGAUAUAUUAGGUGAGGUUAAAAAGAUGGAGGUUGUCGUUGAUGCAGAUGAAGAAGAAAUUCUUCCAUCAAAUAACCAACACAAUCCAAGUGCGUCUUCUGGAUUAUUAGAAUCAAUGGUGAUGAAAUCCGUAUCCGGUAAAAAUCUAUUAAAUCACGAUGAUCAUGCUAAUAAAUUUGAAGCAGUAUCUGAUAGUAAUUCUGAUUUUACUUCAGUAUCUCAGAGAGAGGUGAAUCCAAACUAUUAUGGACCACCUCAACAGCCAGUUCCUAACCAUCAACAAGGCAAUAUGAAUAAUAACAAUAAUAUUUCACACCCUCAGCAAUAUCAAAAUAUGGUUUAUUCAAAUAAUCACAACAAUAGACAAGGCUAUGCCAAAAAUCAACAGAGGUUCCGUCCAAAUAAUAUGCCUAAUAACUUCAAUAAUAAUAGGAAUAUGCAUCAACAGGCCCCACAUCCACAAUAUCAGCAGUAUAAUCCAAUGUACAAUCGUCAACCUCAAGGUCGCCCAGGUUAUCAAAAUAGACCAAAUUUCAAUUAUCGUUCACAAAAUAAUAAUCAAUAUCCACAGAAUUAUAAUCAACGUUCAAUGAAUCAAAACCUAAAUCCUAUGCCGUUUGGUAAUGUUCCACCACAGUUUCAUAAAAAGCCAGGAAAUAGGAGAGGAAAUAUGCCUGCUCCUAGCUCGAUGAAUGGAAAUUUAUUUAUCUAA